AUGUCUGCUCCUGUUAUUGUCAUUGGCCCCCGCGAGGAACUCGCCGCCGCUGCUGUUGUCCACCUCCAGCCUGAGUGGGAUGUCAUCCACGUUGUUGACAACGUCGAGUCCGCCGUUGCUGAAAUCCCCGCCCUUCUGAGCGGUGCUCCCGUUCCUCCCAGCGCUCUGGGCUCCAAGAACUACGGUAACGGUGUUGCCGCCGUCAUCGUUGCCGGUCCCUUCAGCGAUGCUGACUUCGAGACUGUCCGCGCUGCCUCCGCCUCUGUCUCUGCCGUUCCCUGGCUCAAGUUCGACAUCAGCAAGCCUGCUCCUGCCAUCACCCCCGAGGGUGGUGCUGAGGUCAUGGCCCGCCUCAAGGGUGGUCUCGCCGCUGCUGCCCCUGGUGUCGAUGCUGUCAUCCUCUACUAG